UUCCGCCAUCUUUCUUUGCCGCCAUAAUGGUGCGCAUGAAUGUCCUGGCAGAUGCUCUCAAGAGCAUCAACAAUGCUGAAAAGAGAGGCAAACGCCAGGUUCUUAUUAGGCCGUGCUCCAAAGUCAUCGUCCGGUUUCUCACUGUGAUGAUGAAGCACGGUUACAUUGGCGAAUUUGAAAUCAUUGAUGAUCACAGAGCGGGGAAGAUUGUUGUGAACCUCACAGGCAGGUUGAACAAGUGUGGAGUGAUCAGCCCCAGAUUUGAUGUACAACUGAAAGAUCUAGAAAAAUGGCAGAAUAACCUGCUCCCGUCCCGCCAGUUUGGUUUCAUUGUACUGACAACUUCAGCUGGCAUCAUGGACCAUGAAGAAGCAAGACGAAAACACACAGGAGGGAAAAUCCUGGGAUUCUUUUUCUAGGGAUGUAAUACAUACGUGCAAAUAAAAUGCCUCAAUGGAAAAAAAAAAAAA